UAAUUUUAAAAAUUUAAUAAUUUACUGCAUAUCCAUAAUCUUUAAUAUUUUAUUUAAUAUUUUUGACCUAAGAGGAGAGUGUGUUUAUAUGAGCAUUUCCUCAAAGGAUGUAGUUAUCAGUUGUUAUAUUUAGAAUCAUAUUUUUUAGACGUAAUAUUAUUUUAUAUGGGUAGGAUUUUCUGUUACGUUGACAGUAAAAAAAUAGUAUAUAAAAAAUUAUAUAGAUUUAUCUUAAUACUUGGUAAACAGUGUUAGAACAGUGAACAGUGAGAGCUAAAUAUAUGCCAGCUCUGUUUUAUAAACAUCAAAAGUAUAUGUGGACAUUCUCUAAAGUAUACAGAGAACAGGAAUAGUUUCUAAGUGGUAAUAUACGAGAGCAAUGUGAAUAGAAUAAAACGUUUGUAGUUACCUACUUAUUAUAAAAAAAUAAAAGUGAAUGAAGAAAAAUAUGUAAUUAUGUCUAACCUUAAGAAAAAAAUCUUUGGAAAACUGUCUAGUCAUGGUGGUUCACAAGAAGAAUCAAGAAGAAAUAAUAUAGACAUAACACCAUCUAUUAUUGUUAAUUAUGAGAACAACGAAGAAGAUAUAUGGAUGGAUGAAAUAGAUGAAAAAAGCAUUUCGUCUGAAGAAACAUCAGAAGCUAUAAUGUGCCAUAUUCGUCAACGGCCAAUGAAUCAACAACAAUUAUGGACUAAAGAAGAAAUUACUUUAGCACUAUCUAAUCUUCCAGCAGGAGAAGUAGCUCUUACUACAAUACCUACAUUACAUGGCAACAUUUUACAAAAAACGUUAGAGGAAUUACAAAAUUUGCAUCUUAGAGAACCAAUUUAUAAAAAGACAUGUACUUUCACAAAUGGAUGUAUAAAUAAAACCAUUUUAGUAUCUGAAAAUAAUAUAGCAAUAAGAGCAACACCUACGGAACUGUUAGUAAAAUGGCCAGAGACAUGUCUUCUUGUUGCAUGUUGGGUUGGUCAUUUUGAUAUAGUGAAAAUAUUAUUAGAAAAGAAUGUAAACGUCUCUUGUAAAGAUGAAGAUGGAAGAACUCCAGUACAUUUAACAGCUUGUGCUGCGAUAGUAAGGAUACUAGAAGAAUUAUUGUCAUAUGGUGCAAAUCCUUGUGAAUGGGAUUUUAAUCAAAAAUGUACACCUUUGCAUUGUGCUGCUGCAGUUGGAAAUGUUGCUUGCAUAAAAUCUUUAAUAAAGGCAAAAGCAGAUGUAAAUGCUGGAUUUCCAGGGAAAACUCCCCUUCACUAUGCAGUACUAAGUAAUGCGGUAGAUAGUGCUGAAGUUCUACUACAGGCAGGCGCUCAUCCUAAUAAUCCACAAGUUUAUACUGAAACACCAUUGCAUGUAGCAGCUAGUCUUGGAUCUGUUCCUUGCAUGAAACUUUUAUUAAAUUAUGGUGCUGAUGUAAGAGUUCAGCUUGGCACUGCUAGAUCAACACCACUUCAUCUAGCAGCUGAAGAAGGUAGUGCAGAAUGUACAAAAUUGCUAGUGGAUGCUGGUGCUUCAUGUGAAGCUAAAAAUUUAAAAGGCCAAACAGCAAUGCAUUUAGCUGCAUUAGCUCAAUCUUUAGAAACUUUGGAAGUACUUAUUAAAGCUGGUGCAAAAGCAAAUGUUGAAGAUAUUGAUGGAAGAACACCGCUACACGCGGCAGUAGCAAAAUCGUUAAGAGCGAGUGAAUUAGUGAGGACCUUAAUACAGGCUGGUGCAUCAGUUAAUAAACCUGAUAAAUUUGGUUAUACUCCGCUGCAUAUAGCAGCAUUAAAUGAAAAUUCAUCUACAGUAAUGAUGUUACUAUCAAAAGGUGCAGAUAUUACUGUCAGGACUAAAGGUGGUAUUUCAGCAUUAAGUUUUAUUAUUCGCAGAACACCAGAUAUCUUACCACGUUUUGUUACAAGAUUGGAUCAAGCCAUAUCUUUAUAUGAUCAUGAAUUAGGAGAUGUUGAUUGUGAAUUGAGAUUAGAUUUUAGACCCUUAGUACCAGGUGGAAAAGGAGAAACAGAUCUAAUGCUCUGCUUAAUAGAAGUUGGUCAAGGUCAUAUUUUAAAGCACCCAUUAUGUGAAAGUUUUCUUUACUUGAAAUGGUUAAGAAUACGCAAAUUUUUUCUAAUUAGUUUAGUUUUCCAUUCUAUUUUUGUUAUACUUUUUACAGGUUAUAUUUCUGUUACAUACUUAUGGAAUAUCGAUCAUCUUAGCAAAAUAUUAUUUUGGUUAAUAUUGAGUUAUACAUGUAUGCUUAUCACUAAAGAAUUUUUUCAAAUUGCUCAUGAUGUAUGUUGUUAUGUUAAACGUUGGGAAAACUGGUUACAAUGGUGCGUAAUUUUAACAUCGUGUUUAGUUUUGAUUAAACCGAUCAAUAAUUGGCAGCAUCAUAUUGCAGCUUUAGGAAUUUUAUUAAUUUGGAUAGAAUUAAUGAUAGUUGUGGGAAGAUUUCCAAUGUUUGGACUUUACAUUCAAAUGUUUGCUCAAGUGGCAAUAAAUUUUUUUAAAUUUCUUGGGGCUUACAUCUGUCUUAUAAUAGGAUUCUCUUUAGGAUUUUGUGUUUUACAUAAAAAUUAUAAAUCUUUUGCAAAUCCAUUAGUAGGUUUACUAAAAACGAUUAUAAUGUUGUCUGGGGAAUUAGAAUUUGAAGAUGUAUAUUUUAAUGAAAACUCUAAAGUUUUAUAUGCUGGUACAUCACAUUUGAUGCUUUUAAGUUUUGUUAUUUUAGUGACUGUAAUCUUAACAAAUCUAAUGGUUGGUCUUGCUGUAUCAGACAUACAAGAAUUAAGGAGAUGUGCUGGACUUGAUAGAUUAGUACGCAGAGCAGAACUUGUAUCAUAUCUAGAGGGAAUGUUAUUCUCUAAACUAUUAGAUUAUGCACCAAAAAAUAUAAUUGAAACAUGUAGAUAUGGAGCUAUGCUUUUGCAUCCUCCAUAUCAUUGUGCAAUUCAAAUUCGUCCAAAUGAUCCAAGAGAAAAUCGUUUACCCAGAGAUUUAGUAAAAGCUAUAUAUCGUUUAGUAUGUGAACGGAAAAUUCGAAAUACAACUGGUAAGAGUACAUUUAUGCAAAGUGUAAGUGUAUUAGAAUCUGAUUAUAUAAAAUUAAAUCGACUUCAUAGUACUAAUUCAUCAACUGAAUAUAAUCAACAGCAACUAAACGAAUUAGUAACUGAAUUAAAAAGAUGUUCGUAUAACAUUACAACACAUUUAGACAGUAUCAAAAAUAGAAUAGAAAAUAUUGCUAAAGAAUUAGAUAUGUCAAUAAGUUAUUAAAUAAUA